GCAUUAUCGACUCUUCAGAUCCCUCUAGAGCACGAUGCAGCUCGAGACUCUAGCCCUGGAGUGUUGGUUUCUAUUCGGGUCUAACUCAGGGAAUAUCUGCUGAAUCAGUAUCUGAGCAGAACCAGGAAAUUCACCCCAAAGAGGAGAGUCACUGCAUUUAGUCAGUGUCUCUGGAAAAAAGUUAGAUCCAAGAGACAGAAUCCUCUGAUCUGAAAUGUUCUCUUGUGAGAAAUUCUCUGCUGUGCACUCAAAGGAAAGAAAGCACCAGUGGGAGCUUGCUCAUCAAACGUGGUGCGAGUUUAGCUUCUUCUAGAAAAAGCAGCCUGCGUCACAUCGAAGCCAGAUUUGGUUCUUUGCUCUGAGAGCGGUUAGCCCAGUGGAGGGGCUGGCUUCCGUGACAACUGGUGCAGGACCAGGUGCAGUGUGGGUCCCGCAGAUAUGAACUCUGAUAAACAGUGCAUGAGCGCCUACUCUGUGCAAGAAUGGAGAUGAGAGCAGCCCAGCUCCCGCCCUCCUGGGGUUCCCAUUGCAGCCUGAUUAUCUGCCGUCUUCCUGGCAAGGAAGACGUCUCAGAUCCUGCUUCCUUAAAGUGUCUGGGAGGAAGUUAAUAUUUGCCAAUGGACUCCAAAGAAUCCUUAGCUCCCCCUGGUAGAGAAGUCCCCAGCAGUUUACUUGUCCUGGAGAGGGGAAACGUGAUGGACUUUCAUAAAAGCCUAAGGGGAGGAGCUACUGUGAAGGUUUCUGCAUCUUUGUCCUCACUGGCUGCUGCUUCUCAGACAGAUUCCAAGCAGCAGCAGCAGCAGCGGCUUCUCCUUGAUUUUCCAAAAGGCUCAACAAGCAAUGCGCAGCAGCCUGACUUGUCCAAAGCCGUCUCACUGUCCAUGGGCCUGUAUAUGGGGGAGACAGAAACAAAAGUGAUGGGAAAUGACUUGGGGUACCCACAGCAGGGCCAGACUAACCUGUCCUCUGGGGAAACAGACUUUCGGCUUCUGGAAGAAAGUAUUGCAAACCUCAAUAGGUCAACCAGUGUUCCAGAGAACCCCAAGAGCUCAACAUCUGCUACUGGGUGUGCUGCCCCUCCAGAGAAGGAGUUUCCCAAAACUCACUCUGAUGCAUCUUCAGAACAGCAAAAUCUAAAAAGCCAGCCUGGCACCAAUGGUGGCAAUGUGAAGCUGUAUACCACAGACCAAAGCACCUUUGACAUCUUACAGGAUUUGGAGUUUUCUGCUGGGUCCCCAGGUAAAGAUACAAGUGAGAGUCCUUGGAGGUCAGACCUGUUGAUAGACGAAAACUUGCUCUCUCCUUUGACUGGAGAUGAUGAUCCAUUCCUUUUGGAAGGGGAUGCUAAUGAGGACUGUAAGCCUUUUGUUGUACCGGACACUAAACCGAAAAUUAAGGAUACUGGAGAUCCGAUCUUACCAAGCACCAGCAGUGUGACGCUGCCCCAAGUGAAAACAGAAAAAGAUGAUUUCAUUGAACUUUGCACCCCCGGGGUAAUUAAGCAAGAGAAACUGGGCCCAGUUUAUUGUCAGGCAAGCUUUUCUGGGACAAAUAUAAUUGGUAAUAAAAUCUCUGCCAUUUCUGUUCAUGGCGUGAGUACCUCUGGAGGACAGAUGUACCACUAUGACAUGAACGCAGCAUCCCUUUCUGAACAGCAGGAUCAGAAGCCUGUUUUUAAUGUCAUUCCACCAAUUCCUGUUGGUUCUGAAAACUGGAAUAGGUGCCAGGGAUCUGGAGAGGAUAACCUAGCUUCCUUGGGGACUAUGAACUUCCCAGGUCGAUCGGUGUUUUCUAAUGGCUAUUCAAGCCCUGGAAUGAGACCAGAUGUAAGCUCCCCUCCGUCUAGCUCCUCAACAGCAGCGGGACCACCUCCCAAACUCUGCCUCGUGUGCUCUGAUGAAGCUUCCGGAUGUCACUAUGGGGUGUUAACCUGUGGGAGUUGUAAAGUAUUCUUCAAAAGAGCAGUGGAAGGUAGACAGCACAAUUAUCUUUGUGCUGGAAGAAAUGAUUGCAUCAUUGAUAAAAUUCGAAGGAAAAACUGCCCAGCAUGUCGCUAUCGAAAAUGUCUUCAAGCAGGAAUGAACCUUGAAGCCCGAAAAACAAAGAAAAAAAUAAAAGGGAUUCAGCAAGCCACUACAGGAGUUUCACAAGACACUUCUGAAAAUCCUAACAAAACAGUAGUUCCUGCAACAUUACCACAACUUACCCCAACCCUGAUAUCACUGCUGGAGGUGAUUGAACCUGAGGUGUUAUAUGCAGGAUAUGACAGCUCUGUUCCAGACUCAGCUUGGAGAAUCAUGUCCACACUCAACAUGUUAGGUGGGCGCCAGGUGAUUGCAGCGGUGAAAUGGGCAAAGGCAAUACCAGGAUUCCGAAACUUACACCUGGACGACCAAAUGACCCUCCUGCAGUACUCAUGGAUGUUUCUCAUGGCAUUUGCCCUGGGUUGGAGAUCAUACAGACAAGCAAGUGCAAACCUGCUGUGUUUUGCUCCUGAUCUGAUCAUUAAUGAGCAGAGAAUGACUCUACCCUGCAUGUAUGACCAAUGUAAACACAUGCUGUAUAUCUCCUCUGAAUUACAAAGAUUGCAGGUGUCCUAUGAAGAGUAUCUUUGUAUGAAAACCUUACUGCUUCUCUCCUCAGUUCCUAAGGAAGGGCUGAAGAGCCAGGAGUUAUUUGAUGAGAUUCGAAUGACCUAUAUCAAAGAGCUUGGGAAAGCCAUUGUCAAAAGGGAAGGAAACUCCAGUCAGAACUGGCAGCGGUUUUAUCAACUGACAAAACUUUUGGACUCCAUGCAUGAUGUGGUUGAGAACCUCCUUAGCUACUGCUUCCAAACAUUUUUGGAUAAGUCCAUGAGUAUUGAAUUCCCAGAGAUGUUAGCUGAAAUCAUCACUAAUCAGAUACCAAAAUAUACGAAUGGAAACAUCAAAAAGCUUCUGUUUCAUCAAAAAUGACUGCCUUACUAAGAAAGGUUGCCUUAAGAAAGUUGAAUUUAUAGCUUUUACUGUACAAACUUAUCAACUGGUCUUGUAGAUGUUUUGUUGUUCUUUUUGGUUUUGUCUUGUUUUGUUUUAAAUACGCACUACAUGUGGUUUCUAGAGGGCCAAGACUUGGCAACAGAAGCAGUUGAGCCAUCACUUGGAGGUGAUGGGAAGCAGACAGUGAAGUGUAUUGGUUGGUGUAUCACAGAAACUAAAAACAGUUGUGUGGAGGCAUGUCCACUAUCUCCACUCUCGGUGAAGGACCGCACCCAAACCACCAGUGCCCAAAGUCCAUGUGGUCAGCUUUCUGCUCAGACUUUCAGUUGGCUGGAUAAAACUUCUAGACUUUCUGUUGGUGUAUUUUUCCCAUGUAUAGUUAAUAUAGCAUUUUUGAUUUAUGCAUGGAAACCUGAAAAAAGUUUACAAGUGUAUAUCAGAAAAGGGAAGUUGUGCCUUUUAUAGCUAUUACUGUCUGGUUUUAACAAUUUCCUUUAUAUUCAGUGAACUAUGCUUGCUCGUUUUUUCUUAAAUAAUUUUUGUAUUCAAGUUAUUGUACAGCUGUUUAAGAUGGGCAGCUAGUUCAUAGCUUUCCUAAACUCUAAACAUUAAUCUUCUGUGUGAAAAUGGGUUGGUGCUUCUACCCUGAUGGCACUUAGCUAUCAGAAGACCACAAAAAUUGACUCAGAUCUCCAGUAUUCCUGUCAAAAGCUAUUAUUUUGUAUAUAUCUGCUUCCAUGGAGAAUUAGAUAGGUUGUGCAGAUUACCGUCCUAACUGGUGUAGAGCACCUACCUAGUCAGUGACCCUCUGGGUAAACUGUGGAUGACGGUCACAAAAGACUGAUUGUAAGACAGCAACUACCAAAAGGCCCAGUUUGCACCUAAUGCUCCAUCUCUACAAGGGUGAGAUGGCAACAAAGUUUAUAACCAACUCUUUCAGGACCUUCUGGAGUGGUUUGUGUAACAGCUUCAAAUUUAUGAUUCCAGAUCAUGGGACAAAGCGGAGAGAUUUUUUUUUAAAUCAGCCCAAGUUACUUCUCUCAUUAAACUUUACCCCCAAGCUAAUCUCUAAUACAUCAAGAAUGGCUAGACACCCAUUUUCACAUCCCCACCUGUCACCAAUUGGUCUAGCUUUCCUGGUGGUACAGGAAAUCAGCUACUGAUUUUUGUUAUUUAGAACUGAAUGUCAGGCAUCCAUGUUUGUCCAACUACACAUCCCUCCAUGUGCCAUAGCAUUUAACAGAGGUCUUGUGAACUUCUUCACAUUGAGAAUUCUCAUUUUAAACAACAGAAGCUGUAGUAGCCUUUUCUGUGUGCACCUUACCAACUUUCUGUAAACUCAAAGCUUAACACACUUACUAAGCCACAAACAAUUUGAUUUCUACUUAAGGUGGCCAAAUUAUUUGUGUAAUAGAAAACUGAAAAUCUAAUAUUAAAAAUAUGAAACUUCUAAUAUAUUUUUAUAUUUAGUUAUAGUUUCAGAUAUAUAUCAUAUUGGUAUUCACUAAUCUGGGAAGGGAAGGGCUACUGCAGCUUUACAUGCAAUUUAUUAAAAUGAUUGUAAAAUAGCUGUAUAGUGUAAAAUAAGAAUGAUUUUUAGAUGAGAUUGUUUUAUCAUGACAUGUUAUAUAUUUUUUGUAGGGGUCAAAGAAAUGUUGAUGGAAAUCCUAUAUGAUUUAUAGUGUGUGAGAGCAUCCAUACAGGCUUCAGUGGUCUGGGAAGUCAAAACUGCUUUGCUCUAAGCUAGGAAGAGGGAGAUGGAGACUGGCCCUGUGUGCAGUGGGGGUUGUUGAGGCUUUGACCCAAUCAGAUCCCAGGGGACUAAUUCCCCACCUCCCAUUCUAACCAUCCUUAUCCACCUUGACCCUGCCAGUGCAGGGUUAGUUUAUUAAAUCCCCCCUUGCGCUAACAUACAUAAAGAGGACAGAAAGGUGGCGCUUAUGUAGUGGUAGGCACCAUCUAGUAACAGGGUUAUUGCAGCCUCCCCACAGGUUAACAGAAACAGAGGCUUUAGAAGUUUGGCAAUAAUAUGAAUAGAGGUACCAGCAAUAUGUAAAUACUACAGAAUCCCAUAGGUCACCAAUAAUACACUAAUCCUUCCCAUCCUACAAUAGUUUAUUUCCAAGUAAAAUGAGGACAUGUUUGUUUUCUUUGAAUGCUUUUUGAAUGUUGUUAUUUUCAGUAUUUUGCAGAAAUUAUUUAAUAAAAAAAUGUAAUCCUUUGCUUUUUAAAUUCUCUCUAAAAGGGAAUGUUCACUUUGUAAUGGUUUAAAUUGGUCUCAAAGUACUUUAAGAUAAUUGUAACCCAGCUGGAUGUGAAAUUCAUGGUGCCUAAGAAAUACCACUUGAAUAUUAUCAAUGACAGUGUUAAGUUUCAAAAUGAGCUUCUCAAAAAUAGAUUAUUGUACAUUUAUGGAAUGUUAUAUGGUUAAAACCAGAUAGCACAUCACACAAAAAAAUCUACUUUCAGUCCCAACCAGCUUGGCUCUCAAAAAAAAUUACAGCUCCAAAAAAGAAAAAGAUAUAUGUGCUUUGUUAUUAACAGAAGGCAACAGACAUUCAUAAAACUACAAUAGGAAGCUUUCUAUUAAAUGGAUCAAGUGAGCCUUCGCUAUGUAGGAAAGAAGAAAGCGAUCCUCAUUUUGAUUGAGUAGAUGUGAGAAAGCUAUGGUACUGUUUGAGAGCAGCUUCGAUUACUGUGUGUGGUUUCAUACCAUUCCAAACUAUUUAGGUUUAUAAUAACUUCAGUGAGAGUUGGUGAAAUGUCUACAUGACUUACAACAGAUCUUGAAAACUAUCUUUAAUUACUGGUAGGACAAAAAGGGACAUUGUGGGUAUUUUAGGCAUUGACUUGGGAUACUGUAGAAGCAGAAGUUAGAAGACAGGAAGCUUGGGGAAGGGAAGGGAUUGUAAGCCUUCUCUUAGGAAAGACAAAACAACAAGUGAGACCACCCCAAAGGGACAAGGGACAUGUUUAGUGUGUGCAGUCCUUGACGAUGAGCGCAGGGUGAACUCUGGUGAGCAUGUUAAGAAGCCAGCCUCCCCAGCACUGCAGAGUAGGGCCAGGGCAGGGAUGGGACAGGACAAGCAAUUCCAGUUGGCCAUUGGUCUCAGUAUGUGCCCCCUCUUCUGUACUGAGACCGUAUCACCAUGGGAUGAACCGCGGUAUUAUGCUUGCUUCUGUCAACAUUCAAGGAUCAUGGUAGCCUUCAGUGAGCUUUACAUCUUGGUUGGUCACCCAACAAUAAGCUGUAGUUGAAUGUGUUUCUUAUGUGCCUGGUUUCAGUGUUAGGUGAAAUAAAAGUGUGCAAGAGACACUGCAAACCACUUCAGAUGGAAGUUUCCUCACUUUCCAGACUUUCAGUCAGCCUGGUCCAUCAGAGUUGAUGACCAGGUUUUCAGGAAAGGGUUGGCUUCUGUCUAGAACAUGCCUGAAAGGAUUUUAUUUUCUGAUAAAUGGCUGUAUGAAAAUACCCUUCUAAAUAACCUGCUUAACUACAUAUAGAUUUCAGUGUGUCAAUAUUCUAUUUUGUAUAUUAAACAAAUGCUAUAUAAUGGGGACAAAUCUAUAUUAUACUGUGUAUGGCAUUAUUAAGAAGCUUUUUCAUUAUUUUUUAUCACAGUAAUUUUUAAAUGUGUAAAAAUUAAAAACCAGUGACUCCUGUUUAAAAAUAAAAGUUGUAGUUUUUUAUUCAUGCUGAAUAACCUGUAGUUUAAAAACUGUCUUUUUACCUACACAGUGAAAUGUCAGACUGUAAAAUUUUGUGUGGAAAUGUUUAACUUUUAUUUUUCAUUUAAAUUUGCUGUUCUGGUAUUACCAAACCACACAUUUGUACUGAAUUGGCAGUAAAUGUUAGUCAGCCAUUUACAGCAAUGCCAAAUAUGGAUAAACAUCAUAAUAAAAAUAUCUGCUUUUUCA